AUCCUCCAAGAGAAAAUGGUCAGCCAUCACAUUUACUGACUUCAGUGCUGAUCCUGAUUUUAGUGUUCAUAAUUUUAAUCAUUUUAGCUGGCUAUUUCUUUAGGUUCCGAAGACACAGGAAAGCGGUUGUAAAUUCCACUGAUAAAAAAAUGCCAAAUGGAAUCUUAGAAGAGCAAGAACAGCAGAGGGUGAUGCUUCUCAGACAGUCUCCUUCUGGCCCAAAGAAGUAUUUUCCUAUUCCAGUAGAGCUCCUGGAAGAAGAAAUCCGGAUAAGAGCAGCUGAUGACGGGAAGUUAUUUCGGGAAGAGUUUAAUUCAUUGCCACCUGGAUAUUUGCAAGGAACACUUGAGAUGGCAAACAAAGAGGAAAACAGAGAAAAAAACAGAUACCCCAACAUAUUACCUUGUAAGUAUUGCUGA